AUUGCAGAAUGUGUAGCACCAUUCUUUGGUGCAGCAGUACCUUCGGAAUAUUGGUAGAUGUAUAAAAGAAAGGGUCAAUAUCUCUCGUUGUACAUUUGCAAACUGGUAGUGAGAGUGGUCAAUCGUCUGAUCUAGGAAGUGCUCAUUUUGAAGAUAGAAGUAAUGAAGAUUAUUAUUUCAACAAUCGUGAUACUGAGCCUUUUGGGAUCUUCAGUGGGUCUACAAGAUGACAUCCAAGGUGCUCAUCUGCAAAACGACAUUCAAUUCCAGAACCAUCAAAAUCAACAGUAUUUAGUUCAACAGAGGGCAGUUCCACAACAGUACCCUCAGCAUUAUGUCCCUGUGCCGAUUCAACUUCUACAACGUUCUGUGUACACACAACAACCCCAAGCCGCCCUUAUAAUCGUUAAAGCUUUUCCAGUUUACUUGACACCAGAUCAAGCUGCAAAUAUCCAGAGACAGGCUCCAUCCGUCCACCAAGAUGGCUCAGGAAUUUCAAACGUGCAGAUGAUACAUUAUAAUGUUGCAGCAAGUCCUACAGUUUACCCAAUACAUCAAUCGUAUCAAUCGCACUCUGCAGAGCAAUCUGUCCCAGUGUAUUCUACAGCUCAACCUGCUGCAGAGAAGCCUUCUUCGGUUUCAACUCACUACCAAGUGAACAACAAGCAUUUGGUGGCUACAGAAAGACCUGCUUCUCUGGCAUCACAUUACCAAGCGAAUAAUCAGUUAGUAGCUUCAAAUUCUGGACUUUUCUAUGCACCACCAUCCAGUGUACAGGGUGAUUCCUACUUGAAUCAGCUAGCCCAAGUUGUUGCACAGCAAUAUUCAAAGUCGCCGACGAAUUUCAAAGCACCAGCCAUCAUAGCAGGUCUAGAGAACUUCAGUGCUGAGCAACAGAAUCAGAUCAAGAACCACUUGAAGAAUUAUAUAAGCCAGCAUGGGGAGGAUGGUAAACAAGACAAAGAUUCUUUCGAGCACAGAGAGAUAAGUGCUACUAAUGAAUCUCAUCAAAAGUACUCUAGUAAGAUUCCAACGACUCAGUAUUCUCAGCAAAGCGAUUGGAGACCAGCUCAUCAACCCACAGCAGUGACUUCAAAACAUUGAAAUUAGUGAUUUUAAUCAUUUCGACUGAUGCCAAAGUAAAAUUAGGUUUCUAAUUGACUUCGUUAUUUCCUUUUGUUUAUUUAAAUUGUUAAAAUAUAUAUUUAUGUUUUUUA